AUGUCUCAAUCCCGGAGCAAUAGUUCCCAAGAAACACUAGUUUCAAUCAAGGGCUUAGAAAGAGGUCCAUAUACCAUUGAGCGCCCUGAAAAUAGCUACAUUAUCAACAUUUCCGAGCCCAGCUAUGCAGAGAGCAUCAACAGCUGGAAUGAAAGCCAGGCUAGCACCAUAAAGCCAUCCGAAGCCAGCUCUCUCAUCGUCACGACGUCUUCCACAAAGCGCCGUAAGGUAGCAGAGCCUCGCAGACCAGGAUCCCUUCCGGGUUUGUCGUUCGCCUCGCAGGCCGGAAGACGUCACGGACACCACAACUCCGAUACAACGUCCUCCUCACCACCUUAUCCUCGUCUGUCCUCCGAUUCCAGCACAACCCAACGCCAAGGCUCGUCUUCCUCUCCGCAACGUUACAUCCCCGCCCAUCUGCAGGAGGAAGUGCUUGGGGCCAGAUCCCAGGCUGCUCCUUCGCCUACCCCGGAUUCCACUGAGAGCUCCGUCGACUAUCCAUCCGCCGCUUGCGCUGGACUCUCCCUCUCCAGCGAUCCGCCAACAGAUAUGUCUGGCUCCGAUCAGAGAGACGCCAGUGUUCCGCCCUCUGGGCGUGAGACUCGCUCAUCCUCCCCCGGCGUAAAGCGGGUGGCCCCCGACGCCGAACAGGAUGUGGACAUGGAUGUGGUUGUAACCGAGAAGGGGACCCAUCCCGACCAGAUGGAUACGACCGGAAUGGAGGACGAUGACUCGACUGGCAACGAUAACGCUUCCGGAUCUGACAACGUUUAUCCCACUCCUUCUAGCAUGUCGACUUACACCGCCUCUACCGCGACCAGGGCUCACUCCAAGGCCACCCCCGCAUCCGAGCGACCGUCCUACGAUGACCAGGUCGCAAGAGUGACAUGCUUUAUGAUGCAGCCCUUGAAGGAGGGACAGAAGGGAUAUGUUGUGUCGAUGGCAUGGCUGAAGCGGGUGCUCUCCAGGAGCUCUACUCACGCAGACAAGACGGACAAGACCGCUGCGGAAGGGGAAGUUGGUCCCACGGAUAACUCGGACUUGGUUCUCGUCACGGAUCCCGCGAAUGCAAGCUUCAAAGACGAAAAGGGAGAGCCUUUUGUGCCCUUGCGCCCGGGCUUAGUGAUGGGCGAAGAUUUUGAGAUUGUACCUCAAGAAGGAUGGGAUUUGAUUCUGCAGUGGUACGGCUUGGCAGACCAGUCCCCAGCUAUUGUUCGCUAUGCCCAUGACACUAGCGUUGGCGGGGAUUCCGAGAACAUCCAAUAUGAGAUUAAUCCGCCGAUUUUCACCAUCUUGAAACUCCCCAGCCCUUCCACUGGAAUUACCCCUCAGACCCUGAAGGAGAAGAAUAUGAAGCCCGCGCGGACUCUGGCUAGCAGACAUACUAACUUCCAGAAGUGGUUGAAGGAAGCUAAAACACUGGCCAAUAUCGACAUGUCGACUAAAGUACGCGUUUGGAGAAUCCUGGGCGGUCUGGGCAGUGCCACGGCCUCUGCUGCGAUGACCCCUGCUGCGUCGCGAAGCGCUUCGCCAGCACCUGCAGCGUCGAUCGUCGCCAAUGCCGGUAACAACCUCGUGCUAGACCUGAAUACCUUUCUCUCGCUGUCAGAGGGCGCUCAGCGGGAGUUGGUUGAGGAGGCUAAAGAUCAGACUGCCAACGCGAAUUAUAACGGUCGAAUGACAUUGGAUGUUGCUGGACUCGGCGGCAGCGAUGUUGUCGUACUAGAGGAGCGUGUACCCGGCGGAGAGUGGGUCUCCGAGGCGUCCAAGCAGACACUUAACCGUCUUGGUGUGCCUUCGGGUGCCGUCAAGAAUGGCGUGUCAUCGAAACUGAAGAACAAGAGCCCCACCACUAGUGGUCGGUCAUCUCCAGUACCAGAGCCCGUGAGGGGACGGCGAAAGGAUGGAAAACCUCGCGGUUGCACAGGUCUGAGCAAUCUUGGAAACACCUGCUACAUGAACUCUGCUCUUCAAUGUGUGCGAAGCGUCGAGGAGCUGACCUAUUAUUUCCUGAACGACGUUUACAAGCAGGACCUCAACCCUAGCAACCCACUGGCCCAUAACGGCGAUGUAGCGAAGGCGUAUGCAAACUUGCUACGGAUGAUCUAUGAUGAAGCUGGCCAGUCCUCCUUUGCUCCCAGGCAAUUGAAACACACCAUUGGUCGCUACGGUCCGGCAUUCUCAGGGUAUGGACAGCAGGACUCUCAAGAAUUCCUGCUAUUCCUUCUAGACGGUCUACAGGAGGAUCUGAAUAGGAUCAUGAAGAAGCCUUAUAUCGAGAAGCCUGACUCCACAGAUGAAAUGGUUCAUAACAAGGCGGCCCUUACCGAGUUUGCAGACAAAUGUUGGGAUAUCUACAAGGCUCGCAACGACUCUGUCAUUACGGAUCUCUUCGCCGGUAUGUACAAGUCGACUCUUGUCUGCCCCGUCUGCGACAAAGUCAGCAUUAUCUUCGACCCUUUCAACAACCUUACGCUUCAGCUUCCUAUCGAGAAUCUCUGGGGCAAGGAAAUUUUCUACUUCGGCCUACAUAAGAAGCCGGUCCGCUUUGAUGUAGAGAUCGACAAGAAUUCCAGCGUCAAGUCCUUGAAAGAGCUCGUGGCCAAGAAGCAAGGCACCGAUGCUGAACGCCUGAUAAUGGUUGAGAUCUUCAAACGCAAGUUCUACAGGAUGUUUGACAACACCAGCUCUAUUGCUGAGUGUCAAAUAUCCGGGAAUGAUGAAAUUGCUUUCAUUGAAGUGGAGUCAGUGCCGACUAAUUAUAACCCGGACAAGCCCCAAAAAAGCUACUUUUCCUUUAGCAGGUCGGACCAAGAGGAAAUCCCGACCAUUGACUCUCCCAAGGCUGAUCGCAUUCUCGUGCCCAUUUUCCACCGCGUGGACCGGUCAAAGCACAAGCGGGACCUUUUCGGUGUACCCUCAUACAUUGUUGUUACCCGGGACGAGGCUUAUAAUUUUGAUGCAAUCUAUGGAAAGGUCCUUGUUGGGGCGGCUACAAUGACCACCCGUGACUUCUUGAACGAGGUAAUCCCCGGAGAAGACCAUCAAGAGGCAACUCAGGAGGAUUCGGAUACUGUUGUUAUGAACGAUGACGACGCGAAGUCUGCGGAUUCUAAGAUCAAGGCAUCUUCUGUAGAUGGCGAAGAUGGUAUGGUAGACGUGUCUAUGCGCGAUGCGGACUCUGCCUCCCAGGGCUCCAAGCCUGCCACUGCUCGCUCCGAGAGCUCAAUUCCGGGUCGAUUCCGGGAUCUCUUCGAGCUGAAGAUCAUGAAGGGCAACGAGCCUGUUCCCCUUGGCUGGUCCUCGGUGGAAGAUAACAAAGAGUACCCCAAGAUGUCUUUCCGUAUAAAGACGAAGCCAGUCACCCCACCGGAAGAGUCUGAAGAAACACCUGAGCCUACUGAUUCGAAGGCUGCUGACAAUGGAUCGGAUACGAGUGGCGAUGCUGAGGUUUCUUGCGCCCAGGCCCCGGUUGCUAUGGUUCAGAUUCGUCCCCUGGUUCGACCAGGCGAGGGAAUUGUAGUAGACUGGAACGAGCAAGCCUAUGAUGCUCUUUUCUGCGGAAACAAGAAGGAGCGUGAUCCCAUUCGCGGGCUGCCGACAUGGCUGGACGUCGAGCGGGUUAAUGACCCCGAACUGAACAAGCGGCGUCAACUUCGCCAAACACGCAAGAAGAGGGGUGUUACGCUGGAAGAGUGUCUGGAUGAAUUCAACAAGGAGGAGAUACUCUCCGAGAACGACGCAUGGUACUGUCCACGCUGCAAGGAACACCGUCGAGCUAGCAAGAAAUUUGAAUUGUGGAGGACACCUGAUAUCCUUGUCAUGCACCUCAAGAGAUUUAGUGCCAGCCGCGGUUUCCGGGAUAAGUUGGACGUACUUGUUGACUUCCCUGUAGAAGGACUGGAUAUGAGCGGCAGAGUGGAAGCUCCUGAAGAAGGCAAAAGCUUGGUCUAUGAUCUUUUCGCGGUUGACAACCACUAUGGUGGCCUUGGAGGCGGCCACUACACUGCCUAUGCCAAGAACUUCUUCACCAGCCAAUGGAACGAGUACAACGAUUCGAGUGUCUCACGGCCCAUUGACCCUCAGAGUGUGGUGACCUCGGCCGCCUACCUUCUCUUUUACCGUCGCCGGUCCGAUCGUCCGCUUGGCGGUAAGAUUCUGGAGGAGAUCACAGAGUCAUCUACUCGACCAGCGAGUGAGGCUGGCUCGCCGAGCGAAUCUCGUGGGCAAUCGCCGUCGGGGGACGGUCGGCGUCUCGGCGGCUCAUCCCCCAAUGGGUCGUCGAGCGUCUUAACCGGAGUCGGAGCAGCUCACCAGGCGGGAAAUGGUGGUUCGCAAACCGGAACCCAAGCGAAGAACGGGAAUGAGGCCGCGCCCCCCGAAUACACCAGUGACCCCACUUCUGGGGAAAAGAGCAUUGAUAAAGAAGAGCGACUGGAAGGUAUGAGUUUUGACGAAGUCGAGUUCGGUGAUGGAGCGCAAUCCGAUCCGUUCCACUUCCCGAGUCCGCCCUCGUGGUCUUUCAACCGAGUCCCGGAUGCUCACGGCCUUUCACAGAUGACCACAGCGAUGCGGGGAUCCAUCUCUGAUGACGACGAUCUGCUUGACGACGAUGCCAGCAACAAGGCAGUUGGCGGAGGCGACUUCAGCGAUUCGGACCUCCGAUUGGCCUCCUUGGCGGAUAGUCCGAGAGGUCACGGGGGGGCUUACCCAGGGACCCCGAUGGAAGAGACUCCCAUUCAAGACAUCCCUCCUCCAUUGGAAGCGGACGAUGACGAGGACGAACUACCUGUGGUGGAGCUACGAGUGAACGAUGAAGACCGGAUUGUGCCUGAGUAG